AGGAAGCCAGUGGAGACAUCAGGAAGCCAGUCAGAGUGAGGUCUUGGAGAAAGAGAAAAAAAAAAUGAAGAUCGCGUUGCUCCUUGUCGUAAUGGCGGCGGCCUCUUUGAGUCUCGCAUUUCCAUUUGGUCCUCGAGAAAUGGCUCCAGGACGACUUCAGAGGGACCUGGACCUCGAUGAAUCCUUGGACUUCGAGUCGAGCGAGUUGGAGGAGACGGAGGAAUCGGAAGAGGAUAAUAUGAGUAAACAUGAUGAAGAUGAUGAUGACGACGGCGAUGACGAUGGUUGCCGUGGUCGAAAAUGUCGACAUGAGGAAGAGAACGGAGGAAGAGGAAAGAGAGGGAGAGGAAAUGGAAAUAGAGGAAGAGGAAAGAAAGGAGGAAAAAGAGGAGAUUAAGAAAUGAAUAAAGGAGGAAGAGAAAAACCAAGAUGGCGACGAAACGGAAUCGAGGACACGAGCAUGGCGACAAGAAAACCGAAAAUAAUCAGAUUUCCAAUCCUUUUUAAGGAAUUAUCUUUAAGUCUAUCUUUCCUUUGUUUUUGUUUUUACUUUCCUUUAUGGAAAUUCAAAAUUUAUGCUCUUGUGCUCAUUAAAAACUAUCAUCAUGAAA